AUGGAUAUCGGGACUUUACCACGAGUUACCCCACUGCGGCGGCCUACAAAGAUGGCGCCCAUGCAGGAAGACUCUGAGCUAGCUUCGGAGGAAAGUGAACAAGAAGACCCUCGAUGUCCUGCUGAGCAAAGACUAACAAGCAGGACCUUCACACUCACCGACUGUGAAGCGGUACUCAGAAGGUCAAGCCCCGAAACACGUCCAGAAAAGGUACCCCCCAGCAAAGCUGAUAUACAAAACAUGCUGAAAGAGAUGAAAUCCUUCUUUGCGACCGCACUGAUAGGAGAAGAUUUGGCAGUGAUGACGGCCCGGGUGCAAGCGCUGGAAGACAAUGGUAAUAUAACCAGGGGCAAACAGGAAGACAUGGAAGCCGAAGAGAACAGACUAAAACAAGCUAAUCUCUCUAUGGAGGGUAGGCUGGCCGUCCUGGAGGACUCUAAGCGGCAACAAAACCUGCAGGUCCGCAGCGUCCUGGAAGACAUCACUACUACUAAGGUACCCUACUACCAACGUAAAAUGCUGAGCUCAAUGCUCUCUCUAGCCAAAGCCAAAGCAAUGCAACUUGACUACCACUAUCGAGUCCCUAUAUCAACUAAAGCCCCAGCCGGGGUCCCAAGGGACUUAGUGCUAUGUUUCCAGUCCUUACAGAGUAAACAGGCCUUAGCGAAAGCUGCACACUCCUACCAUUUUGAGGGCUCAGACCUCUCAUUCUACAACGACCUUUCUAGAUCCACUAUGCUCUGGAGAAAAUCCCUGCAACCAGUAACCAAGCAGCUGAGGGACAAUGACAUUAAGUACCGCUGGGGACCAGGCCGCAAGCUAACGGUGACUCAUGCAGAGAACACCAUGCAACUUAUCAAGGUCUCGGAGGCAGAGUGGCUUUUAGGGAACUGGACUUACCGAUCCCAAACAACACCCUUUUGCUGACACCGACCACCUCAUGGGUACAUACUGUUACUCCAUGGGACGUAAACGUGGUUCGGCCUUUCUACCCCAAAUCGCAACGAGGAGCUGA